GAUGUUUUAACAACUUGUUAAUGUGUGUGAGCGAGUUGUUUUUUAAAUCAUCAUAAGUUUGUGUGUUCGAGCAGAGAAUUUCACGAGUGAUUGUAUGUGUUCAAAAACGUUGGAGAAAGAUACUUUUGUGUUUAAAAUAUGAUUAAUGUAAUCAUAAAAUGAAAAGUACAAGACCUUUUCAAGUUUAUGAAAAGAUAAUUGUAUUCUUAACUGUUCAAUUUGUGUUUGUUAAGCUUAUAACUAUAAAACAUGUUUGUGUGAACCUAAUAACUGUUCAGCAUUUGUACGUGAAUAAAAAAAACUGUAAAACAUAAGUAAGAACAAUUCAUAAGUGUUGAACAUAUGUAUGCGAAACAUACGUUGUUAAAUACAUUUGCGCGAAACUAAUAACUGUUGAACAUUUAUAUGUGAAACAGCUAAGGCUAAAUUGACCAUUUGAAAUAGAACAUAAUUCAAAUAUAUAUUGCUCGCGUUUAUUUAAACAAAUAAUUCAUGUCUAAAUCAAUGUAAGAAUACGGAAUACGUUCAUAAUUUAUCGUCGAGAUGUUUUUUUCUAUCGAGGAUGAUUGUGUCUAGACCAGUUUUAUGUUACGUUAACUCGCGUACAUUGGAAUUAAACAAUUUUGAAUGAUUGAAUCUAGAACAGUUUAAUGCAACGUUAACUCGCGUACAUUGGAAUUUUUCGAUUGAGGAUGAUUGAAUCUAGAACAGUUUAAUGUUUCUUCAACUCGCGUACAUUGGAAUUUCUUAAUUGAGGAUGAUUUAAUCUAGAACAGUUUAAUGUUACGUUAACUCGCGUACAUUGGAAAUUUUCUGUAACACAAUAUAACUAAAAUAACAAGAAUUAUGAUCUACUAGUAACUCGGACAAUGCAAAAUUGUUUUCUUUCUUGCUACUAAAGAACGUUUGUUUUCGAUCAAGAACAGCUAGAAGAUAAUGUAUGCCAAUACUUGUAUCCGGAUUGUGUUCAUAACGUGUCUAAUAAACGGCAGGAAAGUGGCUUCCACAAACAUCAAUGCAACAGAGGGGUCAGCCGUCAGAUUCGAUUUACCGUCAUUUCGAUCGUGUGGACGAUACAAUUUUCUUGACCCUCAAAGCUUCGAGAUAGUAUCAGUUCAAAAUACGUCCCAGUGCAAGAUAAGCGAAACGUAUCGGAUUCGAGCAACAUGCAAAGCCAACGAAGACGGAACGGUGGUUCUUGGUGUCUACAAAAUAAAUAAAACGGUAGACGCUGGGAUAUAUAUGAUCCGAGGACCUCAGGCGCCAGAGUGCUUGCGUGGUUUCCAUGUUACAGUGACAGGUGCGCAAAGACCUUCUUUUGAAGAGUCGCUCAAUCCCGGGGUCUGGCUAGAGUGGGAGUCGUGGUCCACGUGCAAUGUUUCGUGCUUUCGGACCCGCACGAGACAGUGUUCCGGAAAUGGCGUCUGUGUCGGGGGUACCGGCCAGGAGAUGGCGACAUGCACAGACCACGGGAAAUGUGGGGCACAAACAGACAGUAUCACGUGGUCUACAUGGAGCGCGUGGGGCGAGUGCUCGUGCGAGCACAGUCAACGUAUGCGUCACAGGUACUGCCUCGACGAUAAUCGUCAACAAGUCCAGUGUCCACUAAGAACGAUAGGCUCAAACGAGAAAGAACAAUGCCAACCUGAAAACUGUCCAAAUUCAAGAACUGACACAGUUUCUAUGACUCCAAACACACAUUGGGGCUAUUGGUCGCCAUGGACACAGUGCAGUCGCACAUGUGCAGAAGGGCAGCAGUCAAGGUCACGCUCUUGUCUGAGCGAAAGCAGUCAGUUACUACCCAACACCCAAUGCAUUGGCAAUGCGGUCGAAACUCGGGCCUGUCAAAUAGCCGAAUGCAGCGGUCCGCAGGACCAAGCGAAACAGGACAAAGCAAUCACAGUGACGAUCCCUUUGUCAAUGAUUGUGGGCCUCGUCGCCGGGAUUGUGAUACUUAUCUUGGUCAUUGUCGUCGUGAUUCUGCUCGUCCAAUUAAAAUGCAAAAAGAAAAGGGAAACGGGAACAAAGCACAAAAACGUAAAGAACAAAAAGAAGAAUAAUCCAGACCAACGAAAGGAAUCGUCAAUCAGUGGUGUUCACACAUACGCGGAAAUUGACGAAGAUGACGUUAUUGAUUUAAAAUCGGAAACGUCUAGUCAUUCACGUGCUGAGUCAAUAUACGUGCCACUGCCACAAUCGCCAUCCGGGUCUUAUCCGACUCAGUACAAAAACAUAACGUACAACAGCGGGACGCAGUCGAUAAUUCUCGGCCAGGUGCCAGAAAACAACGAAGUCGCACAUGUUUCGGAAAUUGGAUCCAAUCUUACGACUUCUACAGAAGCACCUAAGACGACGACAAGGUUUGAAAGUCGACACGUGUCGCUGGACAGUAUCGGUUACAUGAAACCGAAAACGAAAUGGUUCAAGAAACCUGUAUAGGUCUUAUUGUGUAUUUAACACUAUAUUUGAAGCUUGUGUAUUCCCACAAACAUAGGCAACUGGUGUUUCAUGCCCAAUCCAUAAACCUGGCUCGAUUACCGUUCCCGGAAAUUACCCAGGUAUCUCAAUUAAAAAUACAAUAACUUACAUUCAUGUGUAAAGUUUAAUUUCGUAGGAAGGGGAGGGGGGGGGAAUCUCCUUUCCCUGCAACAUUGGUACCAGUCAGGAAGACAUAACAAGUUCAACUAUCUUCGAUUUAUUUAUUGAUUAUAAUAACCAAUAUAUAAAUAUAUAAAUAACCAAAUACCUGAUAUAUUAUGUUUAAUGUUAGCAGAUGACACAGCAAACUGUGCAGAAACUGUUCAAAAGUUACAACAACAAGUAAAUGUAAUAGAUAUAUAUUGCGAAAAUACUGAAAUGGAAGUUAGUUUAAAUAAAAUCGCAAUCAUCGUGUUUCGUACAGAUUGUGUCUUAAAAUAUUGCGAACGUUGGUAUUUAAGUGGACAACAGGUUAAACAACAUCUAAUUACAAGUACAUGGGACUGAUGUUUACCCUGUCUUCGAAUAUGAUAACACCAUUAGGAAAUUAAUCUUUUACAGGCGAUAGACACUUAUGUAUGAUAUUAUAUUUAUAGAAACAUACGACACAACUUUGAAAUUAUAAUAUAUUAUAUUAUUGUGUUAUGUUUUAUGGGCCGGAGUCCUUUAUUUACUAAAAAAACUGUUCUGUUCUG